AUGUCCACCAUAGACAUGCCCAUCUUUGGCAUUACCUUGAAGCUAAUAAAGUUCUGGUCGUACUUGUUCGUACACAACUGGAGGCGUUACAUGGCAUUAACGCCAUUUUUGCUUAUUAAUUGGACACAGUUUGUGGAUAUCUAUUUGAGCACGGAACCACUGGACUUUAUUCUACGCAAUGUCUACUUGACGGUUCUCUUCAGUAACACAAUAUUGCGUGGUGUGCUACUAAGUGUGCAACGUGGUCGGUACGAGCGUUUUUUGGAGCUUCUCAAAGGCUAUUAUGUGCAGUUGUUGCAAUCGGCUGAUGCACAAAUUGCACAGCUAGUCCACGAAACCACUCGCCUCUCACUCUCAAUCGGACGUAUUAAUUUGCUAAUGGGAACCUGUACCUGCAUCGGCUUUGUGACCUAUCCCAUUUUUGGCUCUGAGCGCGUGCUGCCCUAUGGCAUGUUUGUACCCGGCAUCGAUAAGUACGCCACACCGUACUAUGAGAUUUUCUUUGUUAUACAAGCUGUGAUGGCGCCCAUGGGCUGUUGCAUGUAUAUUCCGUACUCGAAUCUCGUGGUUACAUGCACCCUGUUCGCCAUACUCAUGUGUCGUGUGCUGCAACACAAAUUGGUCAGUUUGAAGAGUGUGCGAGGCGCCGAGGUGCGUCAGCAGAUUGUCUGGUGCAUAGAGUAUCAGCUGAAGGUGGUCAACUUCGUGAAUCAGAUGAAUAGCCUGACGAACGCUUUGUAUUUGGUGGAAUUCCUAUGCUUUGGCGCCAUGCUCUGCGUGCUUCUGUUCUCCUUGAUCAUUGCCCAAACCAUUGGUCAAACGAUCAUUGUGAUUGCCUAUGUGAUAAUGAUAUUUUCCAACAGUAUUGUACUGUACUAUGUGGCUAAUGAAUUAUAUUAUGAGAGCUUUCAUGUGUCUAUAGCUGCCUAUGAGAGCAAUUGGUUGGACUUUGACGUUGAUACACAAAAGAUGUUGAAGCUCUUGAUAUUGCGUUCACAAAAACCAUUGGCGGUACUUGUUGGUGGCGUCUAUCCUAUGAAUCUGAAAAUGCUCCAGUCCUUGCUUAACGUCAUCUACUCAUUCUUCACACUGCUGAGACGCAUAUAUGGCUGA